AUGGAGAUUAGCAUCUUCAAUAAAUCCCACCUUCCAAGACUAGGCCUCUUCGCCACCUUCAUUGUCUCCGCGAUCGGAAGCUCUUACUCCGCCCCGCUCUCCUUCAAAUUUGCCGAGUUCAAUUCAAGUACCCUGAACAUAGAGGUACAAGGAUUCGCCACUCUCAAAGACGGAUACAUCGACCUCACCCAUGAUCAUAUCCCGUCCGACACAUGCAGUAGCAUUGGCCAUGCCACAUAUAGCGAACCGUUGCAUCUAUACAACACCGCAACGAGUCAUUUCACAAAUUUCGGCACCCACUUCGCCUUCAUCGUUGAUACACAAAACCAGACACACUACGGUGACGGACUGACCUUCUUUCUUGCUCCCAAUGAUUCUCGCAUUCCCGACCAUAGUGUCACCCAAGCCAGUUUCCUCGGGCUCACAAGCGUAGACCCUUCUUCUGUGGCCCCGGGCACUGCACCCACGGGCUCUUUUUUGGCCGUGGAGUUCGACACUUUCACCAACAUGCGGGAUCCGUGGUUCGCGCACGUCGGCACCAACGGCCAGCUUAUUGAGCGCAAUUUCACUAAUUUCAAGGAUGGAGACGCGCAUGAAUUCGGCAACAUUAGUCUUCCUGUCAACCUGAGCCAAGUUUUGCCAGAGUGGGUUGUUGUCGGCUUCACGACCACCACCGGGGAUUACACCGAGCUGCACAAAAUCCUAUCAUGGGAAUUCUCCACAGAUAGCGCCGACCCGCUAGUCCAUGGAAGAGAUCGGAAUCAUAGAGUUUUGGCACUGUGGUUGGGCAUCGUCGCGAUUCCUUUGGGCAGCGGUCUAGUUAUUAUUUGGUUUCUUUCGAGGAGGAAACGGGUUAAGAAUGAAGAGGAAGAUGUGAUAGAGCUUGAUGAGAUAGACAAUAUUGAUGAUGACUUUAGAAAGAGAGCAGGGCCUAGGAAAUUUUCUUAUCAUGAGUUAGCUCUCGCCACAAACAGCUUCGACGAGAAAGGGAAUCUCAGAGAAGGCGGGUUCGGUGGCGUUUACAAGGGUCGCUUGAGGGAAUCGGACUCCUAUUUGGCAGUCAAGCGAGUCUCGAGCAACUCUAGGCAAGGGAUCAAAGAGUACGCGUCCGAGGUGAAGAUCAUUAGCCAAUUGAGGCAUCGGAACUUGGUACAACUCGUAGGUUGGUGUCAUGAGAAAGGACAACUUUUGCUCGCAUACGAAUUCAUGCUUAAUGGGAGCCUCGACUUGCAUCUCUUUAAAGGCGUUAGCUUACUCUUGUGGGAGAUGAGACAUAGAAUUGCUCGAGGCUUGGCCUCUGCAUUGCUCUAUCUUCAUGAAUUCGGCAAUCAAUGCGUCUUGCACAGGAAUAUCAAAUCGAGCAACGUAAUGUUGGAUACCGAGUUCAAUGCCAAACUUAGGGACUUUGGCCUAGCUAGGCUUGUCGAUCAUGAUAAGGGGUCACAGAUCACCGUCUUAGCAGGAGCACGCGGAUACAUGGCCCCCGAAUGUCUCAUAACAGGCAAGGCCACUAAGGAAUCGGAUGUAUACAGCUUCGGAGUGGUUGCUCUCGAAAUAGCAUGCGGAAAGAGGUCAAUUCAGCGAGGGUCAACUGAAGAAUACUCGCUACCAUUAGUCGAGUGGGUUUGGGAUCUACAUGGUUUAGGGAUGCUUCUCGAUGCAGCCGAUCCAAGAUUGUCUGGAGAGUUUGUGAGAGAAAAAAUGGAAUGCUUGAUGAUGGUUGGACUCUGGUGCGUGCAUCCGGACUACACGAGUCGUCCUUCCAUAAGGCAAGCCAUUAGCGUACUCAAUUUCGAAGCUCCAAUUCUCUCACUCCCGUUGAAAAUGCAGGUCAUGAGGUAUGUUGGUCCUUCGCAAGAUACAUUUACAUUGUCUCAAGUAUCUUCUUGUAUCGCCGCAAACAUUACUACAAGUAAGAUUGACGAAACCUCGAGCCUCGCUUGCAAAACCAGUUCCUCAUUGCAUGUACCAUCCCAAUCACCUUCCCCUUCCGUCGCCCCUUCGAUCUCGAUAGGCUAG